AUGGUACACAGCAUCUUGAUUUCGGUGGUUGUUUUCGGGCACAGCGUUAUGUGGUGGCAAUGGGUAGGCAUUCUGAGUGUGUUCGGCGGGUUGACGUUGAGCGUUCGGGCGAAGUACGCCGCCAAGAAGGGAAGCGUGGAAACGCGGGCGGACACGAAGGGAGCGGUGAACGGGUCGGGAGCGGCUUCGUCCGGUGUUGCUGGAGGCGACAGCCGGAAGAAGGAGCGGUGA